CUUCUGAGGAUUAACUCUUGUCUGUGGAGAGACGCCGGCAUAAAACACGAACAUGGACGUGUCUCUCCAGGCGAAGACCAAGCCGCUGUCCUCGCUCUCUGCCUUCAGUUACAUCCCACCACGACGGAGGCAACUGAAGGACAUGUCCUACUUCAACAGGGACUUGAAGGUCCCACAAGUGUCCAUGUAUGACCUCGUGUUCCACCAGGCGGAGGGUUACGAUAUGAAUGUGCACCGGGACGACAGGCGACACCACAAAGGACGGGGACUGGACGUAAACGCGGAGGUCGUGGCCACACUUUUGGAGAGGUCCAGGUCCGUGCCAGUGCUCUCCUCCUCAGAAUACGGCCGCCAUCCCAUUCCUGUCCUCUACGCGCCGGGCCGGCAGCACGCACAAGUGGCCUGCAUCAAAACUGAAUUCUACACGAAAAACGGUCUCGUGUGGAAUGUGGAAGAAGGAUACGGAUCAGUCGUUCCCAUCUGAACGGCUCAAGUGGACCAUCAGUGAACCUGCUGUGAAAACACAACCCUGACAAUACCUGGACAAGGAAACAUAGGGAUGAAUUGGUUUUAUGUAGUAGUAGUAGUAGUAGUAGUAGUAGUAGUAGUAGUAGUAGUGUAUGAAGAGGGAGACUUGAAAUUUUGAGAAUUAAGUCAGAAUAUCACAUGGAGAUUUAAGUCGACACGUCACUCACUCCGAAAAGACAAGCUAAAGUGACAGGACCCGUUACUGAGGAAAUCUCACAGAGCUGAAUUUCUUUAAAAAAACAUUCAACCUUCAGUCAAAAAAAAUUCAGUCAA